AUGGCACAAACCAACGGUUCCUCUGCUCCCUUAGAAUGGGCCACAGUCAAAACAACCUUGCCAAAAGCAUACCCACCCAUGUCAGCUCGGGAGCCCAUCCGAAGCGAGCGCCUGAUCCUCCGACCUUACGUCGCAACAGACGUCAACGACUUUCACCUGCUCCGUCUACAGCCAGAAGUCAUGAAGUGGACGGGCCAGGGCAGGCCAGACAAGGAUUUGGAAGAGACCGCGAAAUGCCUGGAAGAUAGGCUCCCAGGCUCAACCAAGGGCGAAUCUGCUUACGAGUUUGCCAUCUGCUUGGCAGAGACGGGGGAGAUGAUUGGCACCGGCGGAAGCCACAUGCGAGUCGGCGAGCUUGGCUGGCCUGUAAUUGGAUACUUGCUUCGAACCGAGUUCUGGGGUAAAGGCUUUGCGACUGAACUCAUGACUGCCUUUUUGAAAGCAUACUGGGCGCUCCCCCGAGAAGAAGUCGAGAUCAAGGUGGAGAAGAGCACGAUAGUAGGCAGCGAGGCCGAUUUGCAGCCCGAGCACAUCACGGCGAUUACGGCAACUGAUAACGGCGCAAGUCAAAAUGUUUUGGGGAAACUUGGGUUUAAACUGGCCAGGCUAUUCGAAGAAGAGGACCCUCAUACCCCGGGUGUUAUGGAGGCCUUGCAUGGAUAUGCGCUGCAAAGGCCGCAAUUGUAA